AUGACAAUAUCUACUUUCGAUCACGUUACAGGGCGACUUAGACGGAUUGCGCGUCAUCUCGCCUUCCCAAAUUUUCUCCUUUUGCAGCUCGAAUCCAAAACAUCUAUCUAUAGUAGGCAAAGGAGUACAGGGGGAAAGAUGUUUAACUCGGUAAAUCUGAGCAACUUCUGCUCCCAGACACGUAAAGACCGGACAUCUGAUUUCGGGGACAGGACAGGCUGUGCCUCCAAUAUCUACCUCCCCAGCUGCACUUACUACGUCCCAGAAUUUUCCACCGUUUCUUCGUUUCUUCCGCAGGGGCCUUCGCGGCAAAUUACUUACCCCUACACGACAAAUUUGUCUCAAGUGCAACCGGUACGAGAUGUUUCUUAUGGUCUGGAUCCUUCGAGCAAGUGGCACCACAGAACUAACUACGCGACGUGCUAUUCCGGAGAGGAUCUGGUGCACAGGGACUGUCUUCCGCCAUCCACCAUGACAGAAAUGCUCAUGAAAAACGAAAGCGUGUACAGCCACCACCACCAUCACCACCAUCCUAGCUCUAACCACCCAUCUACUGGUUUUUAUUCUAGUGUCGGGAAAAACAACGUGCUGCCUCAAGGUUUUGAUCGCUUUUUUGAAACAGCGUAUUGUGGCACUGACAAUCAGUCAGACCAUUGUUUACAAAAGAGCGAGGCGGCUAAACUCGAGAGCACUUCCCAGCAAGCCAGUGCAGUUUCGGGGGUGGAAGAGCCAGAAAAGGACGCCGAGGACGAAGAAGAACGAACAAAUUCGGGCUCGUGUAGCUCCUCAGGCACAAAGGAGAGCAACGCAAGCAAAAGCAACCAUUCGAGUGCCCCCCGCACGAGGAAGAAGAGAUGUCCAUACUCCAAGUUUCAGAUUCGUGAACUGGAACGGGAGUUUUUCUUUAACGUUUACAUCAACAAGGAGAAAAGGCUGCAGCUCUCCAGAAUGCUAAACCUUACUGACAGACAAGUGAAAAUAUGGUUUCAAAAUCGCAGAAUGAAAGAAAAGAAAUUAAGCAGAGACCGCCUGCAGUAUUUCUCUGGGAACCCAUUGUUAUAAACUAUGGACUUAUUUCAGUAGGCCAAGGUUGAUUUUACUUGAUAUUUCGAAAACUUUGGAUGUCUCAUCAUUCUAUGAUCUAUUCAUCAUUUAUCUUGAUGAAGCCCACAUUACUGACUAAAUUCGCAUGUAUUAUUAUUAUUAUUAUUAUUAUUAUUAUUAUUAUUAUUAUUAUUAUUAUUAUUAUGUAAUAAGAGAAAAAAGGCAUCGUAGGACGAUGAAUAUGGAGCUUUAAAAAUCAAGCCUCUGUAGUUAAAAAUUCAAGUUCAGAUUCACUUUUCACAAAGUUUUUGAGGGAAACCACAGCCUACACUGAAAUCUUGUACAGGGAUCUUAUUCACAAUACACAUUUAAUGAGUAGGUCCUGUAAAUAUGUAAUAAAACAAAGUCGAACUGAAGACGGAGUCGUCAUACAAUAUCUUGUAUUUUUCCUUUCCUUUUUUUUUUUUUACAUUUUCGCCAUUUUCAACUGUGACUUGUACAAUCUGUAAUGAUGUAUUCCUUGUACAGAGACUAUGCAACGUGCAUUUGUGAUUGUAAAUAUAACUAAUAUUACGUUCACUUUCCCUAACAUUGCUGCUAUUUUCUUUAUAUUACCCGAACAGUUCUCGCGCGCUUGAGCCUACAUAGGUCCCAUGUUCCUUUCUUUAACUUAUUUGCUUUAUGUUAUGCCCAAUGUUCUUUUGUCUUUAGUCAGAGAGCGCAAACAUUACAUUUGGACUGUGUAUGAUAUAUGGUACAACGCAUAUGAAAUAAAUAUAUCCAAUGUAAAGCCAUUUAUAAGUGAAUCCUGACUCAAUUUCAGACAGUGAGCCAGCUGACAAUCUCCAGCAUGUAAUCUAAGCAUGAAACGUUUCAGUAAUUUACUUUUACAGUGCUGAAACUGACAUCACCUGAAAGAACCUUUUUAUAGGCGCAUAAUAAAAUCUACACAGGGAAGCAUUUUGAAUAAAACAUUUAUUUAACUCUAAUCAGAGGUGAGUAUGACAAAUACCCAUAGUAGCUAUUUGAUCUGAGUUUUGGAGGGGGGAAAAAAACCUUAUGUAUACUUGAACUAACAAACAUAGCUCUACUGCAAAGACAUUGAAAUUGUAGUUCGUAGUCCGAGAGAAAGACAGAGGGAAUAGAUAACCUCUUUUAGUACCCAGUAAAUGGAAUCGCCACUCUUGUGGUCUAGACAGUGUCAUAAAGACAGAGGCCCUAAAUGGCUAUUUUUUUCUCUUAAUUGCACCGUCUGUUCGCGGGGAAUGGCGUCCACUUCCGCAGUAAACAGUAAACAAGACAGUCUGAAUCUUCGAACAAAGAAACUUGAAAGAACUUAGAGGAUGAACACUCGUAGGCUACUUGUACAAUCAAUCACGUAUAGCGCCACUAUCUUAGGGAUGCGUAUUAAUUAAGUCACUAAAAUUCAGAAAGGUAUUUUCGAAGCAGAAAUAGCUGCGUUAAAUCUCUAAAAAAUUGAUCGCUGACAAAAUGACAACCAUAGACAUUUAAGACUGCACGCACACGCACCCGCGCGCACACACACACACACACACACACACACACACACACACACACACACACACACACACACACACACACACACACACAGAGAGAGAGAGAGAGAGAGAGAGAGACCUUUAACCUGUUGCAAUAAAGUGGAAUCAAGGACAAGACUUAAGCAUAUUGAACAGAAUAGAGAACCAAUGAGAAUAAGUGCAGUUGCAACAAGAUAUGUGUAAAAAGUCAGACUUUAACCUGUAACUACACCAGGUAACUUGCAACGCCCAGUAAUA